AUGGCCCCGACUAUCAUACAGUGGAUCCUGGAUACACGGCAUCUAUGGCCGGAAGCCACUGAAACGAAGCAACUCGAACAAGCCGCAUCCCGAGCUUUCGCACUCCUCAGCGCCGAUGAGCGUAAAGCCGUGCUAAAGUACUACCACGUUCGCGACGCGAAGCUGUCUCUGGGUUCGCACCUCCUGAAACGUUACGCCAUCAGUCGCUUCUGCGGCGUCCCCUGGCACGAUGCCACUGCCAUCCGCGACGAGCGCACCAAACCCAUCUUUCGCACUGCUGACGGCACCAGCCCGCUGAGCUUCAACGUGAGCCAUCAGGCAGGGCUGGUCGCCAUGUUCGCGGUCCACGGCUACGAUGUCACCGCGAGGGGCCCCGUCGACGUGGGCGUCGACAUCGUAUGCACCUCGGAACGCCGCACCAGGGACCAUGGUAUGCUGACCAAGGAGGGCUGGCCCAAGUUCGUCGACGUCCACGCCGACGUGCUCUCGCCCAUCGAGGCCAACUUCCUCAAGUGGCAGGUCCUGGCGGCGAUCCCACCAGGGUUGAAACCGGGCGCCUCGCUCGAGGACGCGGCCGACUUCAAGCUGCGGUGCUUUUACGCGCUAUGGUGUCUGCGGGAGGCGUACGUCAAGAUGACGGGCGAGGCGCUCCUCGCGCCCUGGCUGGGGGAUUUGCAGUUCAAAAAGUUCCGGCCGCCGACGCCUGCGGAGAGUUUUGGUGCCGAGAGCGAGGCGGUCGCGGAUCAUGAAAUUGUGUUCAAGGGGGCCAAGGUGGAGGAUGCGAACGUGUCCCUGAGAGCUCUGGGUCCGGAUUACAUGACUUGCUCUGCUGUCCGGACGCCGGAGCACAAGGAGGAUGGAUUGGCCUUCGAGCUGGGGCCGUACAAGAUGCUGGAUAUAGACGAGGUGCUCGCUUUCGGAGAGGAGCACCAAUAA